AUGUCGCCUCCUACUUCCGAAUACUCGCCUCGCCCGUCGAUCGAGAUCGAGAAGCAGAACCUUCUGGAGUCUGGAAGCAGUCAAGUCCCGCCAAAGAGGAAGCGAUUCCUGUUCUCGCAUGUCCUGACUCUAUACAUGGUCAUCGGCUUCUUGCUCUUCACAAUCGCCGUCAUGGCGAGGGAUCUGUGGAGGAAGCCCAAGGAUCCAUCGCUGCAGGUUUAUUCCCCCGCAGCCAGCGCCGUCGAGUACAUCCCCAAGCAGCAUUUCCGCGCCGCCCUCUUCAACCAGACGGAAUACAUGGGCUUCCCCACGGACGAGACGGACAGGCUGUGGUCGGACCUGUAUAACUUCGGAAUCUCCACCAUCACCGAAGACGAAGCCCGCCAGCUGCACACGCCCACGCUCCCCAUCCCCGGAACAAAGCGGUACCUCGUGCUGCUGGACGUCUGGCACGAGCUGCACUGCCUCAACGACCUGCGCAAGAUCCUCUACCCGGAGCGGUACGCGGAGGACUCGCUCGAGAGCCUGAAGUUCCCCAAUGGGACGAUCAACCGCGACACGGACAUGUUUCGGCACUGGGACCACUGCAUCGACUCCCUCCGCCAAUCGCUCAUGUGCCACGCGGACAUCUCCCCGAUCCCCUUCCACGUCAACGUCCCCGCCAGCAAGGGGAUAUUCCCGCGCCUCGCGACAACGCAUACGUGCCGCAAUUUCACCAGGAUCCAGGAGUGGGCGCGGGAGCGCUUCGCGGGGGUUUGGGAGGUCGAGCUGGAGGCUGAGGCGGCGCAGCGGAUUAUCGACACGGCCGGGUUCUCGCAGGAUCCAGAGGAGGAUAUACAGUUUCUUUACAACCUUUUCCCGGGGAAUCUGUUCUUUGAAUACUGGAGGGAGCAUGAGGGAGAUGGGAUUAGACAUUAG